GUCUGGUUUUACAAGGCGGGAUGCCCCCGAUAGGACCCCAAGUGACAAGACCGCAACAAGUGGCCUCGGCCCAAUGACAUUCAGGGAGGAUGGAGGCGUGCAAGUUGAGUGAACUCGUGUGGAUCCUCCUCCUGCUGUGGGCUCUACCGCACAGGACAACUGCCCAGAGGCGCAACGGACGCAGGAACAACUACAAGUUGUACGAAGAUGGAUCAAAUGCAGCUCGCCCGUGCUCCCUGGAGGUGGCCUUCAUCCUGGACAGCUCCGAGAGUGCCAAAAUCUUCCUGUUUGAGAAGCAGAAGGCGUUCGUGCUGGGCUUCAGUACACGUCUGUCCAUGCUGCAGGUCGCCGGCUGGACGCUGAGCGUGCAAAUGGCCGCCCUGCAGUACAGCAGCUCAGUGUCCGUGGAGCAGCGCUUCUCGGCGUGGACGAACCUGGACGCCUUCCACGGCCGAGUCAGCGUCAUGAGCUACAUCGGCCACGGCACGUACACCACAUACGCCAUCGGAAACGCCACCGAGCUCCUGGUGAACGAGACCCCGGAGGACGGCGUUCGCGUGGCCGUGUUGAUGACGGACGGCGUGGACCACCCGCGGAACCCCGACGUGAUAGCGGCCGCCGCCCAGGCCAGGAACCACGGCGUGAUAAUGUUCACGGUGGGGCUGUCCGACAUCGCCCAGCGGGGGGCCAACAGCGCCAAACUGAGGGCCAUUGCCAGCGCGCCCGCUCAGCAGUUUGUGCAUAGCCUCCAAGACCCCCAGCUAGAACAGAAGCUGCUCAAAGAGAUGGGCGCAGUAGUAUUACAAGAGUGUCCGGAAGCUCAGGUGUGUUUGUGUGAAAGAGGAGAGCCAGGCCCACCAGGAGCUCAGGGGCGAAAAGGAGAUCCGGGUUUCAGAGGGCCGCCUGGUCCCAAAGGAACCAGGGGGGAGACCGGCGUGGACGGCCGACCAGGAAGCGACGGCCGUGAGGGACGUUCGGGUUUCAAGGGCAGCAAGGGGGAGAGAGGAGACUGUGGGCCUCCUGGGGGAAAAGGUGACCCGGGUUUUCAGGGGCCUCUCGGACCACAAGGACCAAAGGGAAAACAGGGUGAAAUUGGACCACCUGGAGACAUUGGCCCCGAGGGACCAACAGGACAAAAAGGUGACAGAGGACCAAGCGGUAAUACUGGACCACCAGGGGACUUUGGGAUUGGAUUCCCAGGAGCCAAGGGGGAAAAAGGCAACCAGGGAAGACCAGGACCAACUGGUCCAGUUGGUAUCGGAGAACCAGGACUACCAGGUCCUCUUGGACCACCUGGAACUCAAGGAAACCCGGGAUCGCCCGGAGAGGGACAGCCAGGACCCAAGGGGGAUCGAGGAUUCGAAGGACCCCGGGGGAAUCGUGGGCUACCUGGCAUCGGGUUCAAAGGCGACAAGGGGAGCCUCGGCCCACCUGGGUUGCCAGGUCCAGUCGGCGCUUCCGGUGUCGGAAUCCAAGGAGAAAAGGGUGAUCAAGGCCCGCCUGGACCCGUAGGCCCCAGAGGAGGUCCAGGUGUGGGAAUAACGGGACCUAAGGGAAAUCAGGGAUUCUCUGGAGUACCGGGACCACCCGGUGAGAGAGGUGUGGGAGUGCCAGGUCCAAAAGGAGACGUGGGAGCCGAGGGCCUACCAGGCAUACCAGGUCAGCCGGGAGAGGACGGGACCCCUGGGCAAAAGGGUGACAUCGGGUUUCCGGGGCCCAGGGGACCAGAUGGCAGUCCUGGUAAAGGGGCCCCUGGAGAGAAGGGAGCCAGAGGGGACCGAGGUACCAGGGGCCAGCCAGGCGCUGUUGGUCCCGUGGGGCCAGCAGGGGCAAAGGGGGAUCCAGGAUUUAUCGGGUCACCUGGUGCACCUGGACAACCAGGGAGGGGGUUACCGGGUGCCAAGGGAGAUCCAGGCCCACAAGGUCUCGCUGGAGCUGUAGGCGAGCCAGGGCAUGGUAUCACUGGACCCAAGGGUGACAGAGGCCCACCGGGGUCUUCUGGGUUACCUGGGGGUAAAGGUGAAGGCUUUCCAGGCCCUCCGGGUCCUCCGGGACGUCUUGGCUUGACGGGAGAGACUGGAGCAGAUGGUGUAGGCCUACCUGGAGCAAAGGGAGAAAGAGGCCUACCUGGACCUUCUGGAGCUGCAGGACCACCAGGAAUUGUACUCCAAGGGCGAAAGGGUUCCAUUGGCGUGAUCGGACCUCCGGGUCCACAGGGUCCCCCAGGAGAGGGCAUCCAAGGACAAAAGGGGGAGUCUGGAUUUCAGGGGAUCCCCGGCCCAAGGGGACCUGCUGGAGUCGGACUACCGGGUGAUAAGGGUGACCGAGGAUUUGCUGGUGAGAAAGGGAAAAAGGGAGAUAGAGGGACGGCUGGAGAACCAGGAGUUACCGGACCUUUGGGUAGAGUCGGACAAAAAGGAGAACCUGGACUUACGAGGGAAGAAAUCAUCAAAAUUGUGCGAUCCAUCUGCAAUUGCGGGGUGACGUGCCGCCAGAGCCCCCUGGAGUUAGUCUUCGUCAUCGACAGCUCAGAAAGUGUGGGACCCGACAACUUUGAAGUGGUCAAGGACUUCGUGAGCGCCUUGGUGGACCGGGCGUCGGUUGGCCAGGACACCACCCGGGUGGGCUUGGUGCUCUACAGUCACAUCAAUGUAGUUGUGGUCAGCCUCAGCCAGGAUGCAUCGCGAGACCAGGUGAAGGCGGCGGUGCGCUCCAUGACCUACCUGGGCGAGGGCACCUUCACGGGCAGUGCGGUCCACCAGGCCAGCAGGUUGUUCCGGGCGGCCCGGCGGGGUGUCAGGAAGGUGGCCGUGGUCAUUACUGACGGACAGGCCGAUAAGAGGGAUUCGGUCAGUCUGGAGAGUGCAGUGAGGGAGACCCGGGCGGCUGAGAUCGAGAUGUUCGUGAUCGGGGUUGUGAACACCAGCGAUCCACUUUUUGGAGAGUUCAAGAAGGAGCUGGAUGUCAUGGCCUCGGAACCCGACGCAGACCACGUGUACCUCAUCAACGACUUCAAAACGCUGCCAGCCCUGGAGCACAAACUCCUGAGCAACAUUUGCGAGGACAGCAGUAGCGUUCUUUUCAGCUCGCUCCCGAAUGGCAGACUUCCUCUGGGACGCCCCGAGGGCGCAGGUAGUGACGUCCGGCAGCCUCCCUGGACCAGAACCAACAUGGACACGCCCACAUUCAUGGGAGACUUCCGCCGGGUUCAGAUGACGCCCCGUCCACGAGAAUCUCAUCCCGAUAGACAAGCGACCACUCCGAGACCGAAAGUGGACGACCGGAGCUCGUCGGAAACGCAGAGGCUUCCGUUCUUUGAGAGAACGCUUUUGAGACCGGACGGCAAGACCCCCACCCGACACUCGGCCAGGACGGGAGUCAACGGGCCCACUGCUCCCACCGUCAAGACGCCGCUUUCAGCGCCACAGGUCACCCCCGAGCUGUGCAACGCGCCAUUGGACCCUGGCCCGUGCCGAGACUAUGUGGUGCGCUGGUACUACGACUCCGAGGCCAACGCAUGCGCUCAGUUCUGGUUCGGAGGUUGCCGCGGUAAUGCCAACCAGUUUGACAGCGAGAAGAGAUGCAAACAAACCUGCGUCCGGGUCUAACCUCAACGUAAUACAGACUCUAUAUGUCAUCACCACCAUCAUCAUCAUUAGAAUGACAAUAAUAAUCUUCAUUGUAAAGGUGCUUUUGUGUAUAAAAAGCAUGACGUAAAUAACAUUUGAAUUAUUACCAAAGAGGAGAAAAGUUAUGUCUGUGAUGUUACUUAACGUACUUGAAUACUUUUAAACACUUAACUUUUUAUACGUUAUAUUUUUGUAAUGUUUCUUUAAAUCUGUGUAA